GUUUGUUUUCGGCAUACUUAUCACAUGUUCUUGCGUCACAAAAAGUCUAUAUAAUAUUGACCUUGCUUUGCAAGGUAAUUCAUCUUGAACAUGUCUCAACAAUUACAAAGCCUUGAUGGAGCGAUGUCUAGCAUGCAGCUUGGUGAAGCCAAGCAAGACGAGCAGCGCGAUUCUGGACGUACCAAACCGUCCAAGCCAAACCGUAUCAAUAUAACCCUUCCACCUCCGCAACGUAAUGCUCAAAUGUACGGUUACUACAUAUCUCAGAAGUCCCUUUAUGAGGCUGCUUGUUCCCUCCUCGCCAAGCUACAUCCUGACCUUUCCGAAACCAAGGCCAGGACCAACGCCAGAGUGAACCCCAGUUACAGCUUCAAAAAGACCUUCCACAUUCAAUCGCUGUCAACGGCAUAUGCCAUCCUGCCUCCCGGACAGGCAGUUCCAGCGGAAUACAUAGUUGAUGGUUUCGGUCUCGUGCUGUACAUCUUCAACGACCAGCCAGACAGUUAUCAUCGGCGCCCUACUCAGAAACAGGUUGAUGAACUCACUAGGUUCAUGGGCAGAGAGCCACAGUGGUUGGUAGACGUUUCGCCAGCAAGGUUCUGCAGAUGAAUUAUUGGAUUCGCGGAGGAACCAUGACGAGGCUGGACUAGGGGUCAAGCUCGAUGUAGUAUGUAUCGUCUAAGUAUGCAAUGUGCAUGUGGGUACUGGUUUUAUCGCAUAAACAACCAACCGUUCAGGCUGUUGCUUAACCUCACGGGUUUUCACAGCUGGAUGAACAGUGAAUCGUCGUUCGA